AUGACUGUCACAUACGAAUCCCCCGCUCGGGGAACUCACGCAUCCAUGGCCAGCUUGGAGGAACGCUUCCAAGUCAUGAAGGAAGUCGGCGAUGGGAGCUUUGGCAGCGUGGCAUUGGCUCGCGUCCGCACGGCGGGCGCUCACAUCGCCCGAAGAGGCACAAUGGUUGCCAUCAAGACAAUGAAGAAGACCUUUGACUCACUCGGUCCAUGCUUGGAAUUGCGGGAAGUCAUCUUCUUGCGCACCUUGCCCGUUCACCCUCAUCUCGUCCCCGCCCUCGACAUCUUUCUCGACCCCCUGAGCCACAAGCUGCACAUUUGCAUGGAAUAUAUGGAUGGAAACCUCUACCAACUGAUGAAGUCCCGCGACCACAAGUACUUCGACGGCAAGCAUGUGAAAAGUAUCCUGUACCAAAUCUUGGCAGGUCUAGAUCAUAUCCACGCCCACCACUUCUUCCACCGCGACAUCAAGCCCGAAAACAUUCUCGUCUCUACCUCUACGCCGGGUGACUCGACCUUCAGUCGCUACUCAAAUCUCGUCACGCCGCCCUCUUCCCCGCCCACCUAUAUUGUCAAGAUUGCCGACUUUGGUCUGGCACGCGAGACUCAUUCCAAUCAGUCUUAUACGACCUAUGUGUCAACACGAUGGUACCGGGCGCCCGAGGUCCUUCUGCGGGCGGGCAUUUACUCCGCUCCCGUGGACAUGUGGGCGGUCGGUGCCAUGGCGGUCGAAAUCGCGACACUGAAGCCCCUUUUCCCGGGCGGCAAUGAGGUCGAUCAGGUUUGGCGAGUGUGUGAAAUCAUGGGCAGUCCCGGCAACUGGUACAGCAAGUCGGGAGCUAAGAUUGGCGGGGGAGAAUGGCGGGAGGGCUCACGACUGGCCCACAAGCUGGGCUUCACCUUCCCCAAGAUGGCACCGCAUGCCAUGGACACCGUGCUGCAACAGCCCCAGUGGCCCGCGGCGCUCGCCGACUUCGUCACCUGGUGCCUGAUGUGGGACCCUAAAAAUCGCCCGACAUCAAGCCAGGCCCUCAGCCACGAAUACUUUGCCGAUGCCGUCGACCCAUUGCGUCCCAAGUCCUCUACUUCAUCGCGCUUGCUGGGCCGCAAGCCCUCCGACAAGAGCUUCAAGUCUCCCAUUCUCACCCCCAGCGAUUCCCCCCACCCUCUCCUCCAAGCCGUCCUGGUUCCGUCGCUCAGCCCUGCCCCUACGUUGGAGGAUGAAAGCCCCGUGAGACCCCCAGUGGUGUCUCACAACACUGUGCCUGAGCUUCAACUCGCCAAGUCGCGACCGGCUAACGCUAAGCGAGCCACGUGGGCCAGUGGUGCUCCCAUGCCCAUUCUCCCCUCAAUUCGCCCCGUCUCGCCUCUUUCCAAUUCGGUGACGGCACAAGCCAAUGCGACCGUGGCCCAUGGUGAGACCUCCCAACCCUCCGAAGGAGACCCGUCCAAAGUCAAGAAGAUUGGCCGCCAGCUCUCUCUCAAUUCCAAUGGCAACCACUAUACCGAUGCGCAUCGCCAAGAAGCCGAGCGUAUCCUGAACGGCUCUGGCAGCAUUACGCCGACCACCAAGGAGAGCUUCUUUUCGCACCUGCGCAAGCGUGCCCGUCGCCUUUCUGGCCGUAAUCAAGCCAACUCGACACCCGAGGACGUCGAAGCCAACGCGGGUUGCAUGCCCUGGUCCAAUCGCUCAUCUAUGGCGCUUGACGGAGCCAGUCUCAAUGAGUCUAAGCCUCAGUCGGAUUUGAGUGAAUUAGACAAGGCUCUGCAGAGUGUCAAGUACUCCCUGGAUAGUUCCAGCCUUGGCAACGUCCCCGUCAAUCUGGGCAACACCUCUGACCACACCGUCAAACGUCAAUCUAUGCCAACGAGCAAUCCCGGUCCCAUCUCAAGUCGCACGCGGCGAGCACUUCAAAUGACUAGCCAUCCCGUUCAUCGAUAUGAGACCCCCGAGGAAGAGGAUGAGCUGCUGGAUGAAGUUUUGCAGUCCGCGAACACGGCCGCGAGACGACUUGCUCAACCGCAGUCCUUGCACUCUCACCCGGACAUGACGCAUCGUUUGCUUGACAACACCAAUGCUCUUCCUAGUCCUUACCCCACGCCGUCUCCUACUGCGGGGGCUGAGGGAUACUUUGAGACUCCCAUGAGGCAGAGCAUGGUCAAGCCAGAUCAUGGCAACUCAAACCGACAAUGGCCGACCCCCCCUUACGAAGAGGCCGAGUGGAACAAGAAGGCGACCACUUUACACUUCCCUUCAGGCGCCAACUAUAUCUAA